UAACACUUUUAUCGAACAGAUAACGAUCUGCUAAUCAUGUGGAAAAUAAGCAGGAACGAAUUCAUCGCAAGAAUAAUACGUCACGUGAUCAUGACCGCGGAAAGCAUUCAGAAAACUAUCGCCGCCUUGAAGAACGAAGUCACUCCAAUCCCAAAAUGUAACGAAUCACGAAGGAGUAACGAGUAACGAAUAAAGUUAUUAAUCGAUCGAUCGUGUCGACAGUGUCUAUCAUAAUCUCGAUGGGAACCGCUGUAUUUUCGGUGAUCGGUGACGACAGGAGUAGAAGUUUUGUAAUUUGUGGCGGCUCGAUCCAGGACAUUAAGUAUACGAGAAGAGUAUGUUUACCAGGCGAUAUCGUGUUGUGCGAGAGCGCUUGGCAAUAUUGUGUCCCCAGUCAUUACGAAUACGUUCUUAAGGAUGCGGACAACGUUAAGGUUGACGAAUAAUCAUUUUACGAGUUUACAGAGAAUUUUUAAAUUGUUCGAGGAGGGGGAAAGAAUAGAAUUUAAAUCCGAUAAUGGAUGUAUCGUUGUUGUCGCGGGAUAGAUCAUUAAAGUGCUCGAGGCACCCGAGGAAAUUCUGAUGGCGAGAGACAUGGGGAUCGAGGAGGACAUCAUAGAACUGGCAAAGUCGCCGUCGCACGUGUCAAUAUUAUCCGACGUGUCCGUGGAACAAGAGAUCAGGGCUACGCAUUUUCGAAGUAAGAGAGGAUCGAUUUGGCAGAGGAAAAUGAUAUAUAAUAUGCGUAUGUAAAUUAGAAGGAAUUAACGACGAUUCCCCGUUUCGUUAGCAAGAGUUUCCGUAGUGGACGCAUUGCGAAGACGUAUCGGAAUGUACCUGAGAAGUUACAUGGUGACAGCGGUAUUAAUGCAGAUCGAUAACGAGCAAUCGUUGGCCUAUUUGAUAGAAAUAAGGAACGUUACUGUUGUUUGCAUCAGUAUAAUUCCUUUUGAUUGUACCGUUUUCGAGUUGAUCUCUUUGACAGACGAAAUAUACAAAACUAUUCAAAAUAUAAUUGAAUCGUAUUCCGGACUCAUGUGCCUCGUCAAUUUGUUCGAAAAGGAUAUAUCUUUUAUUAUUAUAUUCGGACUUAGAAGUUUAAAUAGUGAGAACAAUAAUAUACUGAAUGGAGUAUUGUCCGCAUGCCAAAUAUUAAAAGAAGUGAAACACAUAAUUGGUAUUAAAGCGAUUCUCAUUGGCGUUUCGUGUGGUUUAGCAUUCUGUGGAAUAAUCGGUCAUAUCGUUAGAAGGCAAUUCAUGGUUUUCGGUCACUGCGUCGACAUGGCUAUCUCUUUGAUGAUGAUUUCGUACGACAAGGUUCGUCUCACGAAAUUUUUACGAUAAUUUAUACGAGAUUCUGAAAGAUAUUUAUCCUAGAUAUAUUGCGACUACAACAUCGUUUUAAAAAGUACUUUGAAAAGGGAGAGAUUUCGUCGCCAUGGUAUAAAGACAUUAAGAAAAAUCGGAAAAUGUCAAAUUUACGAGAUCUUGGAUGAGCCGUUAAAAACGGAGGUGUUGUCGAGCUUGGAAUAUAAAUAUCCUCUUCUCGGUCGAUUAAACGAAAUAGAGUACUUUAAGGAUCUUUUAGACGAAAUAGGAAUAUCCGAACGGCGUUAUUCCGGGUUGGUCAUCGAGGUACUCGACGAGUGUACAAAUUCGAACAGAAAAACGAGAUCGAGUAUCAUACGAAUUAAUUAUUCAGGGUAUUGAAAGAUCUGGUAAAUCGAGGAUCCUUGAUGCUUACGUCACGAUUGUCAAAAGCAGAGAAAUAAAAUUGGUUCAACUUCCUUUGCAUCCAUCUUUUGCAGAGAAAUCUUACUCUGUGAUAUAUCACAUACUUCUUCAGAUCUUCAACGCUGAAAAUUGUAUUAGUAUAAGCGAUCGUGAAAAAGUUUUAAUAAAUUAUUUGUCCGAAAUAGUGGAACCUGAAAAUUUAUGUUACCUGAACUACAUUAUGAGGGUACAAUUUCCAAAAUCAAAUACUUAUUGCGAGGAAACUGAUUGGCAACGUUACAAAAAGAUGAUCGAUAUAUUUGAGAAGAUAUUAAACGAGAUUAUUGGUUACGUAUGCAUCCUUCUAGAUGAUGUGCACUAUAUGGAUCCGUUUUCCUGGCAAUUUUUAUCUGCUAUUUUGAGCAAUAAACACAUAGUUCUAGUCAUGACGAUGCUGGAACCCGUUUCGUGGGAUACUUUAACCCAAAUCGAAACCGGGAUUAGCCAAGAGAAAAGGUUAAAGAUCAAAUCGUUGAAUUCUUUAAACGCUGAAUAUUUGGCAGCAUUUGCAUGUCAAUUUUUAAACGUUAUUGCAAUUCCUGAAACCCUGGAAAGAAUCCUUAGCCAACAUAGUAAAAAUGGAAUUGGUUGGUGCGAAGCGUUCUUAAUGUCAAUUUUGCAAGUGAAAGCGUUAGACAUUAUCUCGAUAUCUCCACAGGAAGUACAAAAAUAUAAUCUCGUUUUCCCAGAUCCAUCGUUUUUAUCAAAAAUUCCCGUGUAUUUAACGCCCGAAGAAUUGGCACCACCGUUACAAUGGAUGCAAAUGACCACAUUGAACGUGUGCGUACCGUCAAAAAAGCCGAAAACUGUCAUCGAAGCUAAUCGAGACGUUAUAGGCUUGAGAAUCGAUAUAUAUAACAGAAUGAAUUCGUACGAACAAGAUUUUAUCAAAUGUGCCGCAGCAUUGGGUGAUAUCUUUCAUCGUAAUAUAUUAAGUAACGUGAUAAGUAAUUCUACACCAUUAUACACAUCGAAAGGAAAGUAUCGGUUAUUGAAAAAAAAGUUGAUAAUUAUAUUAUGUAUUACUGUGUAUUCUUUUAUUUUAGCCGUGGCAGAAAUGAUAAGGUUAAGAAUCUUGGAGUGUGCUAUGGUUCAAAGGAAAUAUUAUAUAAAUAUGACGACAUAUCACGCGUUUAAAAAGCGAAAAACUUUCAGCAACAUGCAUCAUUUGGUGUUUUGCGAUUGCAUUCGGACCCGCCCAAUAAUAAAAGAAACAUUGCCGGUAUAUGCCGAUUGCAGGGUGUUAGAAUUUACGAUAUCUUCUUAUCGCAAAUUUUUUUACGAUAUUCUCUCUCUACAGGAGAAAAACGAAUAUCAUACGAAAGCUAUAAACAUUCUUGAACAAAGUGCUAAAAAAUGUAGCAGUUGUGGAAGAGGUCCAUUUUUAAUACCUUUGAUAGAGAAAGAAGAGAAAUUAGAAGAAAAUAUGCAUAGAGACUAUAUACACAAAAUUUCGGAAAGAUUUGAACGUAGACGAAGUAUCUUUGUAACGAAGGAUGAGAUUCGUAAAGACAAACCGAACGCUCGUAUAGCUUCUGUUGUACCGACGAUAUUUACCGAGGAUAACAUGGAAGAAUUUCUUCCUCGGGAGACGAAGGAAGAAUCAUUGGUUAUUCCUAAAAAAGUAGAAGUGAAUUCUUUCGGUAUAACGUACGAUUCGUUGGAGGAAAUAAUGAAAUCUUUCACCUUUAUGGACAAUCGUAGUUGCACAUGCAUGGAAAUAAUAAGUUAUAUUUUCUGGCAGAUUAGUCAACACAUUUAUCAAAUCAAGGAUAUUCAACCGGAAAUGUUUAUAAAGUUCACAAUGGAAUACAGCGCAGGUUUGAUUCAAACUGGACAGAGCUUGCACGCGAUUAAAUUUCUCAUGAAUAUAAACGAGGAUAUAAACGAGAAGAACAGGGAAAAGAAUCAAUUUGAAAAUAUAUUUAUCAAAGAGCAAUGGUUAAUUUUGAUAGGGGACGCUUACAUCGAGUCUGGAAAUUAUUCCGAAGCGAAGAAAUAUUAUACCGAGGCUGUGAUAUUGAAGACCGAGAUCCCGCAAAAUAUGAGAACGAUUUGUUAUAAUAUUAUAAUAGAGAAAUUACGAUACACGAUAAAAGGUAUUUAUAAGAUUUUCUUUAAAAAUGAAGAAAUCCCACAAAAUGACGAGAAGGUAGGAAUAGCUAUCGCUUUGCAACGAUUCUCUAUGAUUUCAAUGAUACAGAAUAACAAGAAAGCGGCGAAUCUCGCUAUUUUGCAAAGUAUUCGCAUGAUAUUUAAAAAUUCAAGCACUUUCCUAGAAAAAGGAAAUAUAUAUUUAUGCGCUGUAGACAUUUUUCGCCAACUCAACGAUAUUGGGAUGAUAGAAGAUAUAGAAAAAAUGAUUUUACUGGUUAUUAGAAAUAAAACUGCGACGGCUGGUUGGAUAAAAUCCGAGGAAAUUAUUAUUCUAGUGAAAAUCUAUAAAACGAUGUACGAUCAUAGGUUUGGAAGAAACACAUAAACGAAGCUGUCGACUUGUUAUUCGAACUGUAUUACACCUCUGGGGAGGAUGUAGAUUAUUCCGCCACCACAUGGUAUUACGCUCUUUGCUUGGAAUUUUUAUUGGAUGCCUC